UUCAUAUACGCAUCCUUCACGCAGCGAUAUAAACAUCAAGCACAAGCAAAUAGCAAUCGCGUGAGAACACAGACGCAUAGCGAACGAGCAUCGGCACCGAGGAGGCUCGCCGCAGCCGAAAGGCUGAAGUGGCGUUCAUCUAAACCACCCAUACCAGAAGGUCUACAACCAUGAACAACAACAAGCUAGACGAGGCGGCCAUUUUGGCCGGAUGCAAGGGUGUGUUCAGCAAGACCAGUUACAUCACGCACACUGGUCAAGAAGGGAAGGCUGAAGAGUAUGAGAAGAAGGGCGGCCACCGCUCUGCGUUUGCUGGCAAGCAACUCGCGACCGCCCCGCUCAAAGAGGGCAAGACAGUAGACGUCUACUUCACCAAGAAGCACGACUGGAUUAGUGACAAAGACCCUUACGUCGACCGCAUUCGCUACAAGGACUCCAACCAGGAGAAGAAGAAGGGUUUCUACACCUCAGAUUUUUCCAAGCGUGAUGAGUUCACCAACACCAUUCGCACGGAGCAGUGGCGUGAGCAGCUCAAGGGCGAGAACACGCAUGCAAAGAAGGCACUAGACAUGUUUGCGGAGGCUACCGGGCUAGAAGCGUCGCAAUUGCGGACGUCACGCAAGAUGGAGCCCGAGGUGUUCAUGUACGACCAGGUGUUUGAGAAGGAGGACCCCGGCUUUGACGGCGCCAGCCGCACACACCGGGACACCAAGAACAAAACCAUGCUGUCGCGUGAUCGCGCCAACGGCGAGAUGAUGACCACCACGGCACUGGCCUUCCAGGCGCCGGACGAGCACCACAAGCCCGAGCACGCACGGAAGCCGCUGGUGCGCGAGACGUUCUUCCGCAAAACCAACGUCUUCUUCCCGGAGGGCUGCGCUGCGGACCCCUCCACGUGAGGCUAUCGUGUCUGCGGCGUGGGAGUGGGAGGCUGCGGCGGAGGGCGGCUCUGUGGCAGCACAGCGGGCACUCCCGUAGGUGCACGUGCGCCGGUACUGGCCCAGGUGUUUGACUUGACUGCUGAGGUUUAGAGCUCCAUUUACUUACCACCUGACUACCUGAAAACCAUCAUCAUUAGACCAGAAUGUGUGGAAACGAUGUAUUGUCAUGCUGUGCUGAGGCGGUGCAGAAGGCGUAGCCGGGGUGAUCAGGGGGGGCCGGGGGGGGGUUACGUGAGCUGGAUGUUUGUGCGCGGUUAGCGGGCAGCUAUAAAAUCCACAGUAGAUUAGAUGCGUGUGACGGCAAACAUGACUGCUCGUGUGCUGGAGUGCUUCAGGCAGGAUAUCGUCGGCAGUGUUGAAUGCUUGCUCCAUUCAUGGGCAGGGAUGAAGGUAUGAAAUGUGCUAUGCGUGGUGCCACGUGCACUGAAACAAGUCAGGAAUCCCAAACUUGUGCGAGUUAUUUAGAAUGUGCGACGGCCUUUCAGUGGCUGCAGUGGCGGCCGAGAGCUCUUGAAAGAUAGAGUAACAGUUGUAACCUUAACGCCAU